AUGCAGGCGAUCAAGUGUGUCGUCGUCGGCGACGGAGCCGUCGGAAAGACGUGCCUGCUCAUCUCGUACACGACAAACGCGUUCCCCGGCGAGUAUAUUCCGACGGUGGGUGCGAAAAAUUGAAAAUGUCCAAAUUUUCAACUGGAAAAUGAUCAAUUUGAAGGUUUUCGACAAUUACUCGGCAAACGUGAUGGUGGACGGGCGGCCGAUCAAUCUCGGAUUGUGGGAUACGGCCGGACAGGAGGACUACGAUCGGUACACACAUUUUUCAACAAAAUCAUCAAUUUUACCCCUAUUUUGCAGACUCCGCCCACUUUCGUACCCGCAGACGGACGUGUUCCUCGUCUGUUUCGCGCUCAACAAUCCGGCGAGUUUCGAGAACGUCCGCGCGAAAUGGUAUCCGGAGGUGUCGCAUCACUGCCCGAACACUCCGAUCAUUCUCGUCGGCACGAAGGCCGAUCUUCGCGAGGACCGCGACACUGUCGAGAGGUAAAAAAAAACUGAUUUUGCAGGAAAUCCUAUUUGAAGACCAUGCAAAAAAAAACUCCGGAAAAGAGGGUUUUUUCUCAGCUCGUAAAUAAUGUUCGUUGUGAGACCCGGCAUGCGCCUUUAAAUGUGUCGUGAAGUUCAGAGUGGGGCAUUUAUGCUCCCAGAGUGCUAUUUCUUUGAAUUUUGAUGAAUUUUCGGUGCUACCCCGAAUCAGAACUGCCCGAAUAGGAACUGGUACGAAUGAGAACUGCGCCCGCAUCAGAACUGGUACGAAUCAGAACCGCCCGAAUCAGAACCGCCCGCAUAAGAACUGGUACGAAUCAGAACCGCCCGAAUCAGAACCGCCCGCAUAAGAACUGGUACGAAUCAGAACUGGUACGAAUCAGAACUGGUGAUGUAGCCAGUUAAUAGUUCAUAGCUUUCACAAAAUAACUUGUUUGGAGUAACUAAAAAUACACUGCAAUUACUGCUGCAAGUUACUGGACUGUAGCAAAUUGCAUUUCUGAUUAAGAAGAUGUUGGUUUAUCUGUUUUGAUUUUUUUAUUGAGUUUUCUAUGUUUUACCGUACAAUAUUCAUAUAUAUUUAGGUACCGCAACGGGUUUCGCAAAACUCCGAAUUUCCACAAAAUUCUUGUUGGAAUGUGUUCCCCUACUCUAUAUGAGUACGCUCCCAACUUUUUUCUCGAAAAUUUUCGGUACAUCCCGAGUUACACCCCUUCAAAGUUGGCCUGUUUUCUCCCCGGUCGGCGGUCGAGGAGGGGGCGGAGCUUCGCCAGCAAGUGCGCCGCGCGCGGUUUUUGUCCUUUUCUGACGGACCAAGCCAAAUAUGCAACAAAAAAAUGAACAGACAUGAUGUUCUUAAAAAGCUAAACAACUUUCGAGGACAAAAGUUUUGAACCCGGCACCUCCAGGCUGCCGAGCGAUCACUUUGCCACUGCGCCAACCGGGCGGAGGCGCGCCCCCCGCCAUUGGCGUAGAGAAGCUCGCUUUGCGCGGCCCUUUCCAGCUGCGAAAUUAGUGCAUUUGCGGGCUGAAAUCCAUAACAUAACUGACUGUAACUUUUUUCGGGUACUAGGUAGAUGAGAAAGUUUAACAUGGAUCGGUCGGAAAUUUGAUGCUGAAUCCGAUUCUGUAAAAAUUAGCCGCGUGUAAGGUACCUGUGACCCUCAAAUCUCCCGAAAACUACAAUUUCGGCCGAAUGGGCCCUACUCAAACAAGCAAUUCCCUUUCAUAUCUUCAUCAUGCGUUCGUUGCAAAUUUCGGUCGAAGACUUCUGUGACAGUUUACGUUUUCAGUAUUUCCUCGCUAAGCUACUUUCAACCAAAAUUGUGAAAAAAUGAGCUCUUCUGAAUCGGGCGGUAAACAUUAAGAAAAGUUCUGAUUCGUACCAGUUCUGAUUCGGGCGGUUCUGAUUCGUACCAGUUCUGAUUCGUACCAGUUCUGAUGCGGGCGGUUCUUAUGCGGGCGGUUCUGAUUCGGGCGGUUCUGAUUCGUACCAGUUCUGAUGCGGGCGCAGUUCUCAUUCGUACCAGUUCCUAUUCGGGCAGUUCUGAUUCGGGGUAGCACCGAAUUUUCGAACCGUGGGACUAGAAAGAAAAAAGAAAACGCCAUCUGCCGUGUACUUUUUGAAAAAAUCGCCCAGUUUCGGACACUUUGAACUUCACGUUGAAAAAGCGUUGCUGUAGUGCACGCCAACUUUAACUCUAUUCUUUCCGGCUCUCAAACGAACAAAAUUUCUAGUUUUUUGCCUGAUUUGAUAGGAUUUUUUCCCGAAAAAAAAAACGAUGAAAAUGUGUUCAGACUGCGCGAGCGACGUCUUCAGCCGGUCAGCCAGACGCAGGGCUACGUGAUGGCCAAGGAGAUCAAGGCGGUGAAGUACCUGGAGUGCUCGGCGCUCACGCAGCGCGGCCUCAAACAGGUUUUCGACGAGGCGAUCCGCGCGGUGCUCACGCCCCCGCAGCGCACCAAAAAGAGCAAGUGCGUGGUGCUGUAA